UUUCAUCGCUCGUCGUGACGCAGUUUGUUCUUCUUGUCGUCGUCGUCGUUGUUCUCCUUGUUCUCCUCUUCUUCUCCGGCUGAAGGUGGCUGCAGGUUCUCACCAACAUGAAACGUGUCCAGCAGCAGAGAGAAAAGUCCCCUGUACCCAGCUGUGUGUCCAUGAAGAGUGACCAGUCUAAAGAUUAUUGGGUUGACUUCAAAGAUGGACGUCCUCCCCAUGACCCAGUUGUCCAGCAGCAGAGAGAAAAGUCCCCUGUACCCAGCUGUGUGUCCAUGAAGAGUGACCAGUCUAAAGAUUAUUGGAUUAAGUUCAAAGAUGGACGUCCUCUCGAUGACCCAGUAGUGGACCAGGAGAGCUCAGAGGUUCCCAUAGGUCAGUCUGCCCAGCAGCAUCAGACACACCUGGACUCCAUAUUUAUGCUUCUGCAGGAAAACAUCAUUAUUUUUGUGAAGAACGAGCUGAAGAAGAUCCAGAAACUUCUGAGUUCUGACAAUCCAGAAUCUUUAGAGAGUCAGAGGGAGGAUGAGGAGGAUGAAGAGCAGAUGAGGAGCAGCAGAGAGGUGUUUCGGAAAAUCACACAGCACUUCCUGAGGAGAAUGAAGCAGGAGGAGCUGGCUGACUUCCUGCAGCGAGGAGGUAAUUUGGGAGUUUGUCAACAUAAACUAAAAUCCAAUCUGCAGAAGAAGUUCCAGUGUGUGUUUGAGGGGAUCUCUAAAGCAGGAAACCCAACCCUUCUGAAUCAGAUCUACACAGAGCUCUACAUCACAGAGGAAGGGACUGCAGAGGUCAAUGAGGAACAUGAGGUCAGACAGGUUGAAACAACAUCCAGGAAACUAUACAGACCAGAAACAACAAUCAGACAAGAAGACAUCUUUAAAGUCUCACCUGGAAGAGAUGAACCAAUCAGAACAGUGCUGACAAAGGGAGUGGCUGGCAUUGGGAAAACAGUCUUAACACAGAAGUUCACUCUGGACUGGGCUGAAGACAAAACCAACAAGGACAUCCACUUCACAUUUCCAUUCACUUUCAGAGAGCUGAAUGUGCUGAAAGAGAGAAAGUUCAGCUUGGUGGAACUUGUUGAUCACUUCUUUCCAGAAAUCAAAGAAGCAGGAAUCUUCAGGUUUAAAGAGUUCCACGUUGUGUUCAUCUUUGACGGUCUGGAUGAGUGUCGACUUCCUCUGGACUUCCACAACACUGAGAUCCUGACUGAUGUCACAGAGUCCACCUCAGUGCAUGUGCUGCUGACAAACCUCAUCAGGGGGACUCUGCUUCCCUCUUCUCGCCUCUGGAUAACCACACGACCUGCAGCAGCCAAUCAGAUCCCUCCUGGCUGUGUUGACAUGGUGACAGAGGUCAGAGGGUUCACUGACCCUCAGAAGGAGGAGUACUUCACAAAGAGAUUCAGAGAUAAGAAGCAGGCCGGCAGAAUCAUCUCCCACAUCAAGACAUCACGAAGCCUCCACAUCAUGUGCCACAUCCCAGUCUUCUGCUGGAUCUCUGCUACAGUUCUGGAUCUGUUGAAAACCAGAGAGGGAGGUGAGCUGCCCAAGACCCUGACUGAGAUGUACAUCCACUUCCUGGUGGUUCAGUCCAAAGUGAAGAACAUCAAGUACGAUGGAGGAGCUGAGACAGAUCCACACUGGAGUCCAGAGAGCAGGAAGAUGAUUGAGUCUCUGGGAAAACUGGCUUUUGAUCAGCUGCAGAAAGGAAACCUGAUCUUCUAUGACUCAGACCUGACAGAGUGUGGCUUCGAUAUCAGAGCAGCCUCAGUGUACUCAGGAGUGUUCACACAGGUCUUUAGAGAGGAGAGAGGACUGUACCAGGACAGGGUGUUCUGCUUCGUCCAUCUGAGUGUUCAGGAGUUUCUGGCUGCUCUUCAUGUCCAUCUGACCUUCAUCAAGUCUGGAGUCAAUCUGAUAGCAGAGGAACCAACAGAGACGCGUCUCUACCAGAGUGCUGUGGACAAGGCCUUACAGAGUCCAAAUGGACACCUGGACUUGUUCCUCCGCUUCCUCCUGGGUCUUUCUCUGGAGACCAAUCAGACUCUCCUCAGAGGUCUGCUGACACAGACAGGAAGUAGCUCAGAGACCAAUCAGGAAACAGUCCAGUACAUCAAGGAGAAGAUCAACAAAGAUCUCUCUGCAGAGAGAAGCAUCAACCUGUUUCACUGUCUGAAUGAACUGAAUGAUCGUUCUCUAGUGGAGGAGAUCCAACAGUCCCUGAGAUCAGGAAGUCUCUCCACAGAUAAGCUGUCUCCUGCUCAGUGGUCAGCUCUGGUCUUCAUCUUACUGUCAUCAGAAACAGAUCUGGACGUGUUUGACCUGAAGAAAUACUCUGCUUCAGAGGAGGCUCUCCUGAGGCUGCUGCCAGUGGUAAAAGCCUCCAACAAAACUCUACUGAGUGUCUGUAACCUGUCAGAGCGAAGCUGUGAAGCUCUGUCCUCAGUCCUCAGCUCCCAGUCCUCCAGUCUGAGAGAGCUGGACCUGAGUAACAACAACCUGCAGGAUUCAGGAGUGGAGAGGCUGUGUCCUGGACUGGAGAGUCCACAUUGUAAACUGGAAACUCUCAGUCUGUCCGGCUGUCUGGUCUCAGAGGACGGCUGUUCUUCUCUGGCCUCAGCUCUGAGAUCCAACCCCUCCCACCUGAGAGUCCUGGACCUGAGCUACAACCAUCCAGGAGACUCUGGACAGAAGCUGCUGGAGGAUCCACGCUGCAGACUGGACACUCUCAGGGCGGAGCCUGCUGGAGUCCACUGGAUGACAUCAGGUCUGAGGAAGUAUCGGCGUCAACUCACAGUCGACACAAACACAGUCAGCAGAAACCUCAAACUGUCUGACAACAACAGGACGGUGACACGUGUGGAGGAGAAUCAGCCGUAUCCUGAUCAUCCAGACAGGUUUGAUGACCGGUGGUGUCAGCUGCUGUGUGGAACUGGUCUGACUGGUCGCUGUUACUGGGAGGUUCAGUGGAGCGGAGACGCUGAGGUAGCAGUGAGUUACAGAGGAAUCAGGAGAGGGGACAGUGCUGACUGUCAGUUUGGAUACAAUGAUCAGUCCUGGAGUCUGUGGUGCUCUGGUGGUUGUUACUUUGUCUAUCACAAUAACAGAAGAACAGGCAUCUCCUCCUCCUCCUCCUCCUCCUCCUCCUCCUCCUCCUCCUCCUCCUCCUCCUCCUCCUCCUCCUCCUCUGGUACAGUAGCAGUGUAUGUGGACUGUCCUGCUGGCUCUCUGUCCUUCUACAGAGUCUCCUCUGACUCUCUGAUCCACCUCCACACCUUCAACACCACAUUCACUGAAACUCUUUAUCCUGGGAUCAGGUUAAUGUACUCUAACUCCUCAGUGUCUCUGUUAGAGGACAGACUGUCUCCUCCUGUUAGAGGACAGACUGUCUCCUCCUGUUAGAGGACAGACUGUCUCCUCCUGUUAGAGGACAGACUGUCUCCUCCUGUCAGAGGACAGACUGUCUCCUCCUGUUAGAGGACAGACUGUCUCCUCCUGUUAGAGGACAGACUGUCUCCUGCUGUAAAAAAGUAAAAGUAAAAUACGUAUUUUACUAAUGUCGCUAGCGUUAGUCUUGCUCCGAGAGGUACUUCUGGUCAAAUUUUCAGAAUAAAACGCCUGUAAUGUAAAUAAUGGGACUGAUUUCAAAACAUAUUUCGGUAAGAAAACUUUAAUUAAGACAUGCUUUUUUAUUAUUAUUAAACAGUCCGUUCAAUCUGCUCUUUAUUUUAAAAUGUAAUAAUGGAUCAUAUAUCAGGAUAAAUAAUCAGCUGAUAAUAGAAAAUAUAUAUUAUUAUGUUUUAUUCUGACGAUUAAAUAAUAGCUGGUAAAUGAACUAACUUCCACAGAAUGAGGCAGUUUGCAGAUAAAUCAACAUGUAUUGAUAACUUGUCUGAUCAUGUCAAAUAUUAUAAUCUGAAUCAUUUGGCAAAAUGCUCUAUGAAAUAAAAAAAAGUAUGUUUGUGAAGUUUUUUGAUGUAUUUUGUUUGAGUAAAUAAAUAAAUUUGAAGAGUCUUGUUUGGAAGGAAAAGGCACCCUGUACCAUUGUGUAUGGGAGUGUCCAAAAUUAAAUGAAUACUGGGUGAAAGUUGUUGAGUAUAUAUCUAGGAUUGUGGGAGUGAAUGUGCCCCACCAGGCAAAGCUGUGUGUACUGGGUAUAUACCCGGACAAUUGUGUAGUCGGGCCAGGAGAAUGAUAGCUCUAUCUUGGAAAAAAAUGGAUAUACCUUCAAUAAACGUGUGGGUGAAGGAGAUGGCGUCCUCUGUGGUACUGGAAAGACUGACUUAUAUAACCAGAGGAAAAGCGGAGGAAUUUGAAAAAGUGUGGAGACCCUUAUUGAACUUUCUUGCAAAUCAGGGUGCGCAUUCACCUUGACUCGGUUGUGAGGUGCUGAGUUUUUUUUUGUUUUUUUUGUUUGGUUGUUGUUGUUGUUUUUCUCUCUUUUGUUUUGUUUUGUUUUGUUUUGUUUUGUCUGAUUUUGUUUGUCAAUUUACUUGUGUUAUGUGGAAUAUGUGAAAUGUGAUGUAUCUUUUUUUAUGAGAAAUGUAACUUGGUGAUCAUGUUCCACUGCUGUCUAUAAAUGUGUAAAAUUCAAUAAAAAUAUUGUCUGAAGAG